GCGAUCUUCGCAAAGGGCCAUCUAUGACACGAACGCGAUGGUGGUGUGUUGUGGCUAUGGCAUGUACCAUGGUGGCUUCGCCGGCAACCACCACUUCCACGUCCAUCUUAGAAUACCGAAGCAGACUUGCAGACUUGAAUGCAAAUCGCGAUAUGCGCGGCCUCGAACGACUGUGCAAGUCCAUCGUCGCGCACAACCACGCCGCUUUGGACGGGCACGUUCCCAGCGUGUACGAGUACUUGGGCGUGGCGCAGUACAACCUCGGACGACUACAGGACGCCACAGAAUCGUUCAAGAAGGCAGUGGCGCUGCACCCGAACCACGGCGAAGUGUACAUGCAUUUAGGCGAUUGUUACUUGAGCCAGUUCCUCGUGGACGACGCCAUUCGCGUGUUUGAAGUGGCGCUUGUGGAGAAGAAGAUCAAGGAUGACCUGAGCGUGCUGUUCAAAGCUCGAAAUUGGGUGGCCAAUUGGACAGACCACGAGCUUGUCCAGGACACUGUGGCCGCCUCGACGGCAUCCAACUUGAUCCACGGCCGUACACCAUUAGUCUCCGCCGCCGACCUCGGCAAUCUACCCGGCAAUGUGAUUCUGCAAGCCAGCCAGCGGGCCCUUCAUUCCCAGCCCAGCACUGUCACGUUCUGUUGCAGCCCCGACGAUCCCCAACUCCAGGCAUCAUCCCCCAAGCUCAAAAUUGGCUUCGUCUCGGCCGAUUUUGGGGUCCACCCAGUCGCCACGUUGUUGCGUGGGCUCAUGGCCAUGCUGCCAUCGCCACACUUCGAGGUCUACUGCUUUGCUCUCACCGACGCCCCAUCGUGGUGGCGCACCAACAUCACGGCAGAGGUGGACCAUAUGAUUUCCCUUCAUGGAGUCAACCACCAAGAGGCUGCGUCAGCCAUAUAUAGCCACGGCAUUCACGUGCUCGUCGACUUGAACGGUCACACGUUGCACUCUGGGCUGCCCAUCUUUAGCCAUCGACCCGCUCCGGUGCAGAUGACGUUCUUGGGGUAUCCUCUCACCACGGGUAGUUCGUUCAUUGACUACUUUAUCGUGGACCCCGUCUCCGCGUCGCCUUUGCACGUGCAUGAUUCGUUUUCAGAGAAAAUGAUCUACCUGCCUCACAAUUACAUUGUCAACGACCACAAACAGAUGAUGCGCCACGUAGCCCACAACGAUACCCGUCGACCCACGAGAUCGCAAGCCAAUUUGGCAGGGCUGCCCCGCUCCGCCUUUGUGUUCGCCACCUUUAGCAACUGGCAGAAAAUGGACCCGACGAUCUUUGCCACGUGGAUGCACAUAUUGCAGCGCGUGCCGCACGGAGUCGUGUGGUUCCAGCAGUAUUCUGGGUAUGCCGCAGCCAAGAAAAACCUCGUCCAGCAAGCGAAACAGUUUGGUAUUGACGGCGCCAGUCGGUUUGUGUUUACCCCCUUGACCCCUUGGAUUAACCACACGUGGGUAAAGCAAGCGGCGGACCUAGUUCUAGACACGGCCCUCAAGAAUGGCCACACGACCAUCGUCGAUGCGUUGUGGGCAGGUGUGCCUAUUGUAACCCUGCAAGGUGACCGCAUGAGCAAUCGGGCAGCUAGUUCUGCCGUGGCGUCGAUGGACGACGAUCGCUUGAACGUGAUGACCACGCGGUCGUUCAAAGAGUACGAAGACGUGACCGUCCAUUUGGCCCUUCGCCCCCACUUGUUGAAGUCGUUGCGGCGCACGUUGGAAUCCCAACGGACAUCCGCAGCGUUGUUUGAUACGAGAGCUUUCACCCAUGCGUUUGGACGAGGUGUGCUGGCGACGUGGGAGCGGCAGUUGGGGACUUCCUCACGUCCAAAUGUACCUGCGGCCAUGCAUGUCAUCGUUCCAUUGUCGUCCAGCGCUCGAUCGUACCCUUCAUCCCCCCAUGCCAAGUCUACCGGGCACGUUCGUGUCAUUCUGGAAGAAGUUCCCAGUGAACCAUCUCCCCAUAAGGCCCACCACCGAAACGCGUCAGCACCGCCCCCGCUUCUCCUCCAUAUUGGCGGCCACGUAUACCGAGUAGGAUGGACGGUGGUGAAUAUCCAGCCGCUGCCACACGUCGACCUCGUCCGAGAAAUGAAACACUUGCACGGUAUCGCAGACAGCUCCGUCACCGCCAUCUAUUCGUCGCAUGCACUGGAGCAUUGCGGGUACGGCACGCAUGCCGCGGAUGUGGAGGCGACGCUGGCCGAGUGGUUCCGCGUGCUCAAACCCGGCGGCGCCUUGUUUGUGUCCGUACCCGACCUGUCGGUGCUUGCGACGCUGUUUGUGGACCCGACCCUGACACCCCACGAACGCUUCCACGUCAUGCGCAUGAUCUACGGCGGCCAAGUGGACGCCCACGACUUUCACAAAGUGGGCUUCAACAAGGACAUUCUCAACUCGUUUCUAGCCCAAGCCGGCUUUUGCAACGUGACGACUGUGCGGUCAUUCGGGCUGUUUCAAGACACCAGCGACCUCGUGUUUCACAACAAAUCUAUCAGUUUGAACGUCAUCGCCAAGGCGUGCAAGCCAGGCGACGACGUUUUGUCCGUGGACCUGCCUUCUCCGACUGCCACGUAAUAGAAGCAUACACCUGUCUCCGUCAACCUGCCUUCUCCGUGUGCCACGUAAUAGAAAUCAUAGAGUCACGUUGUCAUUUGGUUGAAUCGAUAUGUCGAGGACGAGGCUAUGUAUGGAAGAUCGCUCGCUACUACGCUUCUGUGGCUACAAUAAUAUAAAUGCAAA